AUGGCCGGUGUGCAAUACAGCCAGGCGCACGGCGACCUGCAUGACGACGAAUCACUCCUGGACGACGACCUGAUCGAUGCUGAGGACGCGAUCGAGGCUGAUGACCCCCUACACGAAACAUCCGAUACAGCCCCUCUCCGAGGCAACAUUGAUUCCGGCUCCAGCUCGCGAGGUGGUGGUGCAUCUGGCUAUGGAAACUACCUGACAACCUCGAUUCCCGGCGAGGACCGUCGUGCGACCCAAAAUACCAUCGAUGAGACUGUCUGGGCUACCCUGUCGCGCGACAUGAUGGCUGUCUGGGAAAAGAUGCGCCUGGUUCUCUGGCCUAAAUAUCUCCUGGGAGGCAUGAUGCAACGCGGUGGUGGUGGUAUCAAUGAUGCUGCUGAGAGAGGCGAGGUUUCUGGAUUCGGUCACAACAUACGCGGGCUCGUUGGACGUUGGCCGGAUGCCGAUGUGGUUCUGCAAGGUGGCAUGAGUGAAGGACUUCGGGAUUGGGAUCUGUGGGGUCCGUUGAUCUUUUGUUUGGUCCUGAGUCUGUUCUUGUCUAUCGCAAAGGGAGGACAGUCAAAUGUGGUCUUCUCUGGUGUUUUCUGCAUUGUCUGGAUUGGAGAGGCGGCUGUGACUCUUCAGAUCAAGCUCCUUGGUGGUAAAAUCUCUUUUUUCCAGUCGAUCUGCAUUAUCGGUUAUACCCUAUUCCCGUUGGUUAUCGCUGCAUUGCUCAGUGCAAUUGGUCUUCCUACAAUCGCCAGAAUACCCGUUUAUCUUGUUCUCGUGGCUUGGUCGCUAGCAGCCGGAGUCAGCAUCUUGGGAGGCUCGGGUGUCCUUCGAAACCGAGUUGGCAUUGCAGUAUACCCUCUUUUCGUGUUCUACAUUGCGAUCGGAUGUCUAUGUUUCAUUAGCUAA